AUGGACGGGCGGACUCUUCUCGGCAUCUGUACGAUCUGCUGGGCCGCUUCAGGUGCCCUUGGUGCGGCCUCAGAAGAGCGCCUUGUUCGGCAGCUGUUUAACGAGUCCAGGUACAGCCCGGAUGUCAGGCCAGUCUUUGCUCCGACUGAUGUUCUUCCGGUCAACUUCAAGCUGCUGGUGAUUCAAGUCAUCGCUGUGAACGAAAAGGAGGAGUACAUGAGGACUAACGUUUGGGUAGAACUGUCCUGGGUAGACUAUCGACUGGCGUGGAAUAAGGAAGAUUUUGACCACAUCCCCAGUAUCCGUGUGCCUGCAGAAUCCGUGUGGAGACCAGAUAUUGUCCUCCUCAACAACAAAGACGGCCAAUAUGACGUUGCCCUCUACACAAAAGCAAUCAUAUCCAACGACGGGAGUGUCUACUGGCUACCUCCGUCUAUUUUCACCAGUGAGUGUUCUAUCAACGUCCGUCACUUCCCUUUCGACAAGCAGAACUGCACACUACAGUUCUCCUCCUGGACGUAUAACAAACGGGAAGUGGACCUGGUAUCCCUGGGUUUUGUGUACGACGACUUUAAGGAAAGUGGAGAAUGGCGUAUCGUGGACAUUCCCAGCAGGAAGGUUGAGACUGAGGACAGUGUUUUUGUUAUCUAUGACUUCAUGUUAGCCAGGAAGCCGCUGUUCUACAUUGUGAACAUGAUCGUGCCCAUCAUUCUGCUGACCCUGCUGUCCAUCCUGGUGUUCUAUCUGCCGGUAGACUGUGGGGAGAAGGUUGGACUCUGCAUCAACGUUCUGUUGGCUCUGGUCGUGUUCUUGCUGCUGAUCGCAGACAUCAUUCCUGCCACGUCUGUGGACAUCCCGCUGAUCGGCCGGUACCUCAUGUUCACCAUGAUCUUCGUCACCGUGGAGACGGUAACCUCGAUUUACGUCGCUAACAUCCACUUCCGCGGCGCGUCCACGCACGUCAUGUCGCCAUGGAUACGGUACAUCUUCCUGAAGCUGCUGCCGAGGCUGCUGAAGGUGCCGCCUCCGGGAGUGGAGCAGGAGGAGGAAGACGGUACUAAAGAAAGCGCCAACGGUCCUCACCCCCAUGCGGCUAACGGACUCCACCCCUGGGGGGCUGAAGCCAUCGAGCUGCGGAGGAGAAGGGACGCUGCUGCUGACGGCCGACCUCCCGUCCCGCCCCGAACCGACCGGCCUCAGCUCUCCGCUGAUCUGAAGGAGGCAGUUGGCCAUGUGACUACAGUCUCGGAUCACUUCAAGGAUGGGGACAGUGACGCGGAGGUGAGUGACGAGUGGCAGUUUGUGGCCAGAAUGGUGGACUGGAUCUGUCUGCGUUUGUUCGCCUUCGCUCUGCUGGCCGCCAGCAUUAUCCUCUUCAUUGAGCCGUGGUACGAACCGUCCUUCCGGCCCGGGUAAUACGCCCAUCCUUCCGAUCUGGAUAACACGCCCAUCCUUCCGACCCAGAUAACACGCCCAUCCUUCCGACCCAGAUAACACGCCCAUCCUUCCGACCCAGAUAACACGCCCAUCCUUCCGACCCAGACAACACGACCAUCCUUCCGACCCAGAUAACACGACCAUCCGUCCGGCCCGGAUAACACGACCAUCCUUCCGGCCCGGAUAACACGACCAUCCUACCAGUCCGGAUAACUCGCCCAGCUUUCCCGCCGGGGUAACACGUCCAGCCUUCCCGCCCGGACAACAUGUCUAGCCUGUCGGCCGGAUAACACACUCGUCCUACUACUCGUCACCACGCCCAACCUGCCUGCCCAGAAAACAGGCCCGUCCUUCUGGCCCGGACAAGACGCCCGUCCUUCCGGCCUCAGACAACACGCCCAUCCUUCGAAUUCCGGCUCACAUAACACGCCCAGCCUGUCCUCUCGACCAUGCAGCACCACUUACACUCCCUCUUGUCCUCAGUCCUAAAUCAAGACCUGAUUUACAUAAUUAAUGAGGACAUUAUGCAAUUCUAUUUCAUUCUGAAAUGAUGAGGCAUAUGUAUCUUAGAGAGAGAGGGGGAUAUCAACAGAUUAGUAUGCAAAUUAAUAAUUUGCAUGAUUGAAGGAUUAAUUAAAAAUAAUAUGUCGGUGGUGGCGCUUCAUACUUGCAAUAGGAAUAUCAUACAUGUGGAGUUUGGAAGUAGGGUAAAGGUGAAAGUAUAGACUACAUUAUGCAAAUGAAUUGUGCAACAGACAUUUUGCAUAAUUACAUUGUAGUAAGAAACUGUAAGAUUAGCCUUCUGUGCUAAUAUAUAAUUGAGGGGUAAGGUCACAUGUCUUGAGCAAUUAAUAAUUCUGAAUAAAACUAGAGG